AUGUGGUCAAAUCCAAGUCUAUCACAUGUCAUUUUAUCGAUGCUCCUCACGCCGCCCAAGACGCUCCGCGGCCUCAACAAGCCCAAGUGCAAGGUCUGCGGCAAUGUCGCUCGCUCCAGGUGUCCUUUUGAGUCUUGCAAGAGUUGCUGCUCAAGAGCUCAAAAUCCAUGUUACAUUCAUGUUUUGAAAGCAAAUUCAACUAUUACAGACAAGGCACCAGCCUCAAGCAGUCCUCAGUUUGACCAUCAGUCUACUGAGGCAUCACCAUCAGGGAACUCGCAUAGAGUUGCUUCACUCCGACAACUUUCGAACAAUUUUGCGCAUUUCAACACUGUGCAUUUUAGAAUUACCACACAGAAGCCGCUGACCAGAAAGGAUGCUGUUGCUAUUAAUGAAUGGAGGUUUGCCAAGGUAAAGGAAUUCAGGGACAGAAACAUUGAAGUGGAAAAUGAAGCUUUUGAUCGAUACAUGCAGAACAUCAGCUUAUUAGAGGAGGUGUUUUCUGUGAACUCUAACGAGGAAGAGUCCAUUGCGGAUGGAUCAUUCAUAUCAAACUAUGACAUGACUACAACAGAAGGUGACAAUGGAGAUAUGGUCUCAGGGUUGAAGUUAAAGUUGAGAUCAAAUCCAAUGAGAACCAGUAAUUUCAGAAAGAGGAUACAGCAAAUUGUUGAUCAUGGAUUAAAGAAGCUGAAAACAUGUGAACCUGCUGAUGGAGACAAGGAACCGAGUGACCAAACUGAAUUGGAUAAGGGGACUAGAACAGGAGAAAAAUGGUGGGCUGAAAGGGCUUCAGCUUUAAGUGAUCUCAUUGAUAAAUUGAACAAAGCCCGCAAUGAAGAGGAUCUACAGUCUUGCAUGGAGAUGAAGACUCAGCUCUUCAGUGAACUGAAAUCUUUGAGCAGCUCAGAAUUGGAAGACACGGAGACCAUGGAGAAACAGACUACGAAGAAUAAUUUGGAAACCAGGAAAGAGUCGCAAUAUUUAUUUCCUCACUUGGUUAGUACCACUGCCAUUGAUCAAGAAACUCUCAAUAGCGUUAAUGCACACUUCUCUUCCCUUGAGCAGAUAGAAGGUUUAUGAUUAAAGAUUUCGAGGUAUGAUUUUUCGGUAGGAUGUGGACUUUUAGCCAAUUCAGAGUAUCAUAGUUUUGAGGUAGGUGCCAUAACUUAGUGUAAUUUCGUCCUUGAGUUCCUGUUAGCAACGAUGGGAAACUGGCAAUUUCUAUUUGAAUCCAACCGUGGUACCUCAGUUUUCUUGUAAAAUGUAACAUGAUGUAACUAGCUGCAGAACUUGCCAAAAUUCAUGAGCAAUGUAAGUCGCAUGAAGCCAUUAACGUUUUGGGGUAGGCUACCAGCACUUUCAAAUGCUACAUCUAAUUUCUCCAAAUUAUGAGUUAUGAUUCUUAUGCUCUACGCACAUU